AUGGUGACCAGUGAUAGCUCCCCUGAAAGGAUUGCUACUCCGUUCUCUCAGAGAGUUCUCGAUGACCCAUUGCCAAAGCGUUAUCAGAAUUUGAAUGUUGGGGAAUAUUCUGGGACUACAGACCCAGAGGAUCAUCUGGCUAAAUUUGAGAACGCCUCUCUACUGCAACAAUUUUCUGAUAGGGUCAAGUGCCAAAUGUUCCUCACCACCCUUGGUAGAGCAGCUCAAAGAUGGUUCAAACGCUUACCAGAGGGCUCUAUUCGGCGCUUCAGGGAUUUUCAUAAAGUAUUUUUGCAUCAUUUCUCUAGCAAUCGAAGAUAUCACAAGACCCCUUGGAGCCUUUUCUCCAUCAAGCAGGGGCCUAAGAAAAGCAUCAGAGCAUAUAUCAAGAGGUUUAAUCAGGUAGCUAUCGAUGUUCCUAAUACUACUACAGAAUUAUUGGUGAGUGCUUUCUCUCAAGGCCUCAACGAUAAUGAUUUUUUCAAAGACUUAGUACGUAAUCCCCCAACCAAUUUUGAUUUGUUGAUUGAGCGAGCCACCGAAUUCAUUAAUAUCGAAGAAGCUCAAGCGGCUCGCAAGAAGGAAGGUACAGUGUCUAUCUCAACCACAGUUCAUGAAGGAGCUGUAGCCCCUGUUCAUCCACCAAGGGGGCCUUGUGGGGUUCCCCCUCCGCCUCGCCAGCUUGAGCGGAGACCACAAGCAGUUUAG